AGCCGGCUGUCUGGCUUCCGGGCUGGCGGCGUCUGCGCGGCUCGUGUGUGGCUUUAAGCUGGCGCUGCAGGGCGGGUUGCUGUAACCCCGGGAGAGCCCGUCGCGGGAGCGCAAGGAGCUGAACGGACUCUGGAGCUUCCGCUCCGACGACCGGCGCCGGGGCUUCCAGGAGCAGUGGUAGCGGCCGCUGCUGCGGUAACUCGGGGCGGGCCCGGGAGGCGCGCGGAAGCCCGGCGGAGGGAGUGGGGGAGCCCAGGCCGCCUCGUAGGCUCCUUCUCCUGGGCGCCCGGGGGUUGGGGGCCCAGAGGAGGUUAAAGAUCAGUGGGCUUGGGAGCGCGGGGCUGGGAGAGUGGGGCAGGGAGGGGACCCAGGAGGACCGCGGGGGAGGAGGCGGAAGGAGGAGGAAGCGCCCCUGCCGAGCUCCCUCCCGAGGCGAAGGCUGAGCCCGGGCAGUGUCCUUUUUUUUUCUUUUUUAAUGUUUAUUAUUAAUUUUUAAAACAUUUUUCGAGAUCGGGCUUGGCCCUGUUGCCCAGGGUGGAGCUCAGUGGCGCAAUCCUAACUUGGCCCUCGAGAAGGCGGCGGCGGCGACUGCGGUUGCGACUGCGGCUGCGGCGCGGUCAGAGCGAGUUUCUUUGAAGAAGCCGUGGUGGCUUCAACGUGAUGGUGGAGGACGAGACAGGGCUCUGCGGCUUUUCUGGCUUUGCCCGCCCAACUGCUCCAUGCCACGAGAAGGAAGAGCUAUCUGCCGCAUACUGGAGGCUGGAGCCUGUGGCACCACGGCUCGCCUCGCUGCAGUGGGUGGCAGCGAUGGAGACUGCAGAGCGCCGGAGAGAAAUCCUCUCUAUGUCUACCCACAGAGGCUGAACUUUGCUAACAAACUAGCAUCAGCCCGGAACAUGACAAUAAAGAUCCAGUUUAUGUGUGGAGAAGAUGCUGGCAACGCGAUGCCGGUUGCCAGAGCAGUUUUAUCUGAUGCACCACAGUUCUCUGAAGGAAAAGAAAUAAAAUUAGAGGAACUAAUUGACUCUCUGGGUUCUAACCCCUUCUUAACAAGGUAUCAGAUUCCCCGCACUCCAGAAAACUUGAUAAAUGAAAUUAGGAGUUCAUGGAGAAAAGCUAUUGAAAUGGAAGAAAACAGAACCACAGAACCCAUUCAAAUGGAUACUGAGCAUAGAGAAGUAUUGCCAGAAUCUGUGUUGCUUGAUCAAAGAGAAUUUAGCAUGGCCGAUUUUCUCUUUGAAACCAGUGUAUCAGAUUUUGGCCAGUCUCAUUCGACUGAAGAGAAAGGUGUUUCAGAUUGCAAGUGUGUGCCUCAGAAACAUGUGGUGACCAGUCACAUAGAUGAACCGCUAACACAAAAUCAGUCAGGUUUGUUAAAGAAGAAAGUAAUUUGCAAGCAAGAUUUCGAAUGUAUAGCCUGAACCAAGCUUUCAGAAACUAGCUAAAUGGAGACACUCUCCCCUGCUGUCGGCAACAGGAUAGAUGUGAUGCGUGGCAGUGAAGAGGAGUAUACUAAAACGCUGGACCACUUGCAAGCUUCUUGUAACGAGCCUUCCACAAAUAAAACUGCCUUGUGGAACUCUUUUCAGAUAUCAAGUGGAAUUAGUUCUGAGAGUUUUAAAGAUACUGAUUUUGGCAUAUUACAUGAAACUCUUCCGGAAGAAGGUGGUCACCUAAGUUUUAAUAGUUCCAGUAGUUCAGAGGCCAAUUCUAAACUGGAGCCAAAUAGUCCUAUGCGUGGUGGCAUUCUUCUAGAACAUGUUGUGGAAAGGAGACAGACUACUGCAGAAUCAGACUUCAAUAUUCAGGCUCUUUGCAGUAGCUAUGAGGCUCUAAAGAAAUGGCUUUCCAAGAAAAGGGAAGAAUCUUACCUCCGGAAUCCCCUAACACCUGAAAGACACAAACCAGUAUUGAGUCCUACUACCCAAAAUGUACAAACAGAGGCUAUGCUUAACUUUUUGGACACCCAUGAUUUGCGUACUGACCAUACAGAGCCAUCGUUACGCAUGUCCAUUGGUGAAAGAAAACAGUCUCUUUCACCACUAAUUAAGUUUUCUCCAGUGGAACAAAGAUUGAGGACCACAAUAUCAUGUAGUCUUGGAGAACUACCUAAUUUAAAAGAAGAAGACAUUUUGAAUAAGAGCCUUGAUGCAAAAGAACCUCCAUCUGACUUGACAAGUUGAAGACAUACCUAUUUAAUAUGACUAUGAUGCGCUUAAAUUGAAGCUAUGCCACAGGAUGGAAACUGAUUUAUAACUUAAAGACAUGUUGGAAGCGUAGCACUGUUUUUCAAGGUUUAAAAAAAAUUCCAAAUGUCUUUUAGCCUUCUUUAAUAUUUUUAGGUAAGGAAAGUAUGUUUGGAUUUUUUUCUUUUCGUAGGUGUAUGAGAUUGAAAUUUGAAGUAUUUGGAAAGCAAAUGUCAAGCAAUGGGAAGUCAUUUUGAUUUCUUGAGUAAUCUUGUAAGCAUUAAGCGUAAAUGAUAACGUACUAGUAUAAUUCUUAUAACUUAAGUCAGUUAAUAUAAGGAUGAGUAGUUUUUGUUGUAUUAACCACUAAGUGGUUAAUAGCCAUUGAAUUUACUAAUCUUUUACUGUUUCUUUGUGGAACAUUCUGGCUAACCAGAAAAAGUGAGAAAAGUAGUGCCUUGGGAGGUGUAGUCAAGAUGACAAAUUUUAAGACUGGAAAAGCUCUAAACAGGCUUCAUGAUUAUUGAAGUGGAAUGAUCCCAAGUAGUGAUGUUUAGUAGAAUAAAGUGCAUGUGAUUAUUAAGGGAAGACUGGGGCGGAAAGAUGUAAAAAACGGAAAAAGAUGGAAGAAGAUGAGUAGACACUUGCAAGGAACACUGUCAAACUAUAAAUCCAUCCAGUGGGUUGUAUAACAUUUAUGUUUAGUCUAAUUUAGACUUCGAUAAUUUAAUCCUAGUUUAAUAUUUUAACAAGAAAUAUAAAUUAAAAUUUUCAUUAGUCUGUUUUAUUGUUGUUGGGUUUUUUUGAGGUACCCCCUGUUGGGGGAGAGGAACAAGGAAGAAUCAUCAAAAUUCCUCAGUCCCUACAGAAUAGCCUCACAAGAACUUGAGAAAACGGAACUUGGAGUUAAAUACCUUGUCACGCUGCUACAGUCUCCUACCUCAUUCCUUCAGAUGCCCUGCCUGGAGAAAGACUUGUGUCUAGCAUCUAAGUGAACACAUACUGUCGCCUUCUGUAAACCAGGAGGAAUGGAUCAGGCACUGGACAGUUUUCUUAACCUACAGUGCCCUUCAUAGACCCCAUCUCACAACCAUCAAAGUCUUGUCCACUAGCCCCCAAGGAACUGGCAAGGAGAGAAGGUGGAGGGGAAAUUUAUGGAAGUAUGUGGCUUAACAGUCAACAGUCAUCUUUCUUCACUUAUCUUGGGCUACCUGUCUCUAAGAUAUUUGUCCCGUCCCGUUGUGAAGACUCAUCUUUUUGUGAGAAAAGACAAAAGAAAGCACUUGUAACUGCCUUCUUUGUAAUGGAAAAGGAGGAAGAAAAAGCUUCAUGAACUAAGUUGCUGUGUCUUUUAUUAAUACAACAAAUCAGGGACUCUGCAGGUCUAUGGGGAAACUAUUCUUUAGUUUGCUUUAAGAAAACUCAGGAUCUGAAAAUCUUAGCAUGUAAGGCUGUCUUACCAGCAUCUGCAGAAGUGCGAUGGCCAUUGCUAGACACUUAAUGUGCAUGAUUUCACUUAAUUAUAUUUUAAAUAUGCUUCCCUGGUAAUUCUUAAGCUCAACAAAGAGUGAGAAGUGCUGCUAGGAAAUAGAGAUUCACAUUUAACCCUGUGGUACUUUUAAGAAGCAGGUACAUAGUUGCAUAUAUGCUUCGGUAGAGAUUGUGAACCAUCAAUAGGGAAGCUCAGUUUCGCCAGUCAAGUCUGAGAAGCCCCUAAUUACUGAGAAUCAAAAGAGCAGAAUGUCUGUAGACAUUUUAGAUUUGUUUUAAAAAAAUGUUAAGUGAGUUAUACCUGUGAUAGGCUGAAAGUUUUUUGACAUUCUUUCCUGUUCUUCAUGUGCCAGUACCAUAAACAAAAAUUAUCUCACAUGUAUCACUUUCUUCUCCUAAACCACUGUGAUUGCAGCUUUUUGCCUUCAGCCUUUUCCCUGUGCAGUAUCUCCUGCAUAGUUGCCUUGUGAUCUUAAGGAACUGUUUUGACUGGGUCACUUCCUUGCUUACAAUUCCAUUAAUGGUUCAUUGUUAAUUCUAGAAUCGCGUCCAAAUUUAAAGACAUGUAAGAUCCCUAUAAUGGAUUUUGUCUAUUCCCCCUUCCACUGUAAUCUCCCAUUUUUUUUUUACCAUCACUGAACUGCUUCAGUGAGCAUGGGUCUUUAGAAACCUUGCUUUACAAUUCUCCUGGGGCAGGAAUACCUUGCCUUCCUCUCCUAGCUUACCACAAUUACAACUCUGUUUUAAGUCUCAGAACAAAUCUGACUUCCACCUUGAAGUCUUCAUCUAUGCUUUUUAUAUCCAUGUGCCUCCUCCUCUAAAAUCUUCUAUGAUUUGUCUUUUUAUUCAUUUAAUAUUCCACUACUUUUAUUAUUUUUUUUUUAUGGUUGCAUGCGGUCUCUCUAGUUACAGCAGUGCAUACAUAAAUACAUACACACCUAUGUAAAUGUGUGUCGGGUGUAUGCAUUCACACGCAUACAUAUACCCCAAGGGCCAUGUGUCAUCUUUAGCAAUAUUUAAGUAUUGGAAUUGUUUUGUUUGCCUCCUAUAUCAUGGAAUAAAUGGUAAAGAGGGCUAAGUUAUUGCUGUAAGUGUAUUUCUCGUUACAUUAACAUUAGACAUUAUAUAGAAUGCAUUUUGUUUUAUUCACUAUUUGUAAGAUACAAAGGUGUAUAAACUGACUUCUACAUCAGCUUGAAAACCUGAGAUAAUGCUAAAAUGUUUUAGUUAUUUUAAAUGUUUAAAGAGGGAAGUGUAUAAUAUUGCUAAACAUGAAAAACGUUAUCAAGUAGAAUAAAAAAUAGUUGAAGUUAACAUUUGGGGGAAAUUUCACUGAAAACAAAAAUACAAGUAUUUUGAAACCUUUCCUUUACUGUAAGUCUCUUGACUUUGAAGUCAAAUUUAUCUAAAGGAAAAACAGGAAUUCUGGAGACCUGUGCGAAAGCUAUUAUUUUCCUACUCGAGUGUACUAAAAUUAAAAUACGUUCAAUGGCGUUUUCCUCAAUGUACAAGUAUUGAAGUAAAUGUUUCUUUUGUGUUAUGUUGCAGAUACAUAGUUACUCUAGAAGUGGCUUUUUUCUUAAUGUACUGUGAAUAGCAAGUCUGCAUCCUAUGUUUAAAAUAUUUGAGAAUCCUCUAUAGGACUCUUAGUAAAUGUUUUAAAUACUGUUGUUUUCAAUAAAUCUUUUAUAUUA